UCAUUUGUUGGUAAUUUAUGAACUUCGAUAUUGUUCGGCCGACCUCUUCGCGAUCCGGUCCGUCUGUCUGUUAUUGAUCACUUGACGUGACAUGACUGCCGCUCGCUGCUGCUACUGUAUACACAUUAAACAUUUUAUUAUUCCUUCAAAAAUGUUACUGAAUCAAUAGAAUACAAGCCUCAAAAUGGAAGAAAAGAAUCCCUUGGAACCAACUCCAAUUACUCCACCAAAAAAGAGUAAUGUCAGGGGUAGGCCGAAAUCCGAAAAAGCUAUAAAGUUUACUCCGCAACCGAAAUCUAUAAUAUCGCGUUUACUGAGACGAGCAAAGAAACAGAACUCUGAUAGAAACAAAACAAGUCAUUCGGUCAUACCCAACAUUACUUUUAUUGACUUGAAUGCGGAAGAUGCUAAUUCUAAAGUAGACUCAAUUCUGGAAGAACCGGAGUUAUCAACGACUUAUCAGAGUAUUCAAGGGACCUACGCUGUUGAUGUGGACGAUAAUCUUGAUGAUUAUAAUAAUUGUUUAAAUGCUGAGAAGCAAGACUAUGUUCAGAAAAAUACAACAACACUGUGGGAUAACAAAUGUAAAGAACCAAAGCCACUUGAAAUCACCUGUUAUGUAUGCUCACAUAGAAGUAGCAGUCAACAAGCACAUAGAAAGCAUUUAAGCAUUCACCGAAAUCAGCCCUACACCUGCAACUUCCCCGACUGCAAGUACACCUGCAAAUUGUCCUGUAACCUCAUCAAACACAAAAGGAUACACACAUCGGAGAAACCAUUUCUUUGUGACCAGUGCACAUUCAGGUCAAACUUUGCCAAUUCACUGAAAGUCCACAAAAGAAUUCACACAUCAGAAAGACCCUAUGGCUGUCAGCUUUGUAGCUACAAAUGUAACAGUAGUUCUAAUCUCAAAAAGCACUGUCGUCACAGACAUCGGAACAUUUCUUAGGGAAUAAUCUAGUUCUAGUAAUUUGUAUAAGACUCGGAAGUAUAAAAAAGAACCUAAUAAAGUCGGAGUGUAAAUAUCUAGUAUUGAUAAAAAAUUAUAUGUUGGACAACACACAUAUUUUUAUAUCCAAUGUUAUCCUGCAGUUUUUGAAUUAUAGCCUAUUGUGUAUGCUGCUCCCCACCGUAGGAUCUAAUCAUAAUCGUACUUACUGUGUGAUUUAUAUAUAGAAAUUAUUUAAUACAGUAAAAUAAAAUACUAGUUUAUACAGA